AUGAACAGUCGGGUUAUGAUGAAUUAUUAUCCUGAAAUGUAUCCAUCAAGCACGAAUUAUCCCCAGACACCUUCAAAUGUGGGUCAGUAUUACGAGCAAAGCAAGCUUCCAUCGAUAUACGUUCCAUACCAGAACCAACCAUCGAUGAUGGCAAAUAGUGGUGAUUAUUACUAUUCGAACCAACAAGUGAUGGGGCAGCAAAUGCAACAACAAUCUGUACUGCAACAAUACUCCCACCCCCAGAUACAGACUCACAACCCGGUUAGUUCACAUCUGAUACAACAGAUGCAACAGACGCAACGAAUAGUAUCGCCCAUGUACUACCAACCAUCAGUGGUAUCGUCGCAAAAUAUGCUUCAUCCAUACCAAUAUGGUCAUGCUCCAAUGAUCAAUACAUCGCAGUCACCACAAGCGAAGGGAUAUCCUGUAAGUCCACUUUCGAAUAAUAAUAGUGAGAUGAUUCCAAUGAAUUCGCCGCCAAGACUAGCUUCGAAAUUGGAGGACAAGCAGCCUUUACCUAUUGACUACUCAUCAUUAGUCAGCUACACCAUUUCGCCAUCAUUGAAAAGAAGAAGAAAAUCCAAACAGAAGAUUGUUGACACAACUCAAUCUUUCCCAUGUAGUCAAUGCUCCAAGGUAUUCCAGAAGCCAUACAAUUUAAAAUCACAUAUGAAGACUCACUCGGACGAAAAACCUUUUAAGUGCUCGGUAUGCGAUAAGACGUUUGCCCGCUCGCACGAUAAGAAGCGUCAUGAAUCAUUGCAUGUUGGAGAAAAGAAUUUCAAGUGCGAAGGUUUUCUCAAGGAUGGAACCACGAAAUGGGGUUGUGGGAAGAAAUUUGCACGUUCGGAUGCAUUAUCAAGACAUUUUAGGACUGAAACUGGUUGGCUUUGCAUUAAGCCUCUAAUGGACGAAGCCAAUGAAUCGGAAAAUAAUCCAGACCAUUCCAUUCAAGAGCAACACCAAGAUGAUACCUUCAUGGAUAAUGCAACCUUUAUUAAGAGGUUUAUCCAGCCCAAAUAA